GAGCACGUGAACGCAGCAGUCACUUCGUGCAGUGCAGGAGAUGAUUGCAGUCGCAGCUCGCUUUACUGUGCAGCCGCAGCGGAACAGAGAAAAUGUGUAGGAAGGGGGAAGCUGAAUCUCUCUUGACAUAGUGACUGGUCAUGGCCAGUCGGUGGCGAGACGGUCCUCGCAGCCGUUCAGAAGACCCCGCCUGUAGCCUAAAAAUGCCCCGCCAACAAGAACCGUCCGGAAAGACAGAGGACGCGGCGGAGUCGCUGCGGGAGCUACCGCGAUGGAUGCGGCUUUACUUCUACGGCAUGCACGGCGUAACUCUGGAUGUCCUGCUCUCAUCAUUACAGGGGGCUUUAACUCAUCCGGAUCCCAAACUGGUGGGCUUUUCCUCUCCGUAUCUUUGCAUUAUGCAUUCACUGACCCACUUUGCACUGGAGAAGAUCUACUCACAGAAGAGGUGUUUCCGAGGUCGGCCUGUGGUGUUUCAUCUUGUUUUCUACCCGUCUGUGUACAUCGGGCUGCAGAUCCUGAUGGGGAACAUCAACAUUUUGACCGAGCAGGUGAGGGUGGUAUCUGGCACGCAGCUGGUUGUACACUACAUCCUGGCUCUCUAUUUUGCCCAGGUGUUUCACAGAGGGCUGUCAAGACUGCAGUAUCACCCCCCCUGUACCCCCGACCCCCCCGGCAAACCCAGCCCGGAGGAUGGCGGUCAUGAUCGGGGGCCUCUUCACGUUCUCCCCGGCUAUGUGCGUUUCUUGUUCUUUGGGAUGCAGGGCUUUCUGGACGAGGUGAUUUUCACCUCCAUUUUCAACCUUGUGGAGAAGUCUGACCGGACCCUCAGCGGUCACACGUCCCUGUGGUCUUUUCUGAUGUACGGGAGCUGCAGCUUCGUGGUAGAAAAGCUCUACUUUUACCUGCACUUCAGCAGAGGCUGGGGGACGUGGCGGCGGCUCCCCAUCUACAUCUGCUUCAUCUACACCUGGGAGUUCACCUGGGGUCUGGUCCUGAGGCAGUUUGGCGCCUGCUCCUGGGACUACUCCCAUUAUCCUCACAACUUCAUGGGACUCAUCACGCUCCUCUACUUGCCAGGCUGGGUCUGCCUCAGUCUGUACCAGGACUUACUGUCUAAUGUGCUGCUGAGAAUCAAGUGCACCAAAGACGUAAAUGGUUUGAGUGGGGAGAAUGGUGAGGUCAAUGGAGCACUGGAGUCUAAGAAAAAACGACUUUAAUUUGUCUUUUUGAUGUUUUAACUUCAAGGGGAAGUGUGACUCACAGUAGACCAAUGAUGAAACAAGCAUACACGUUAUUCUAAUUAAUAUAUUCAAUUAAACCGAUUUGAUGGAGAAAAAAAAGACAUAAAAGUUGAUUUAGAACUGCAAGAUGUAAAAUUGUAUAAUGUGGGAUCAGAUUGGCCUUUCAACUCAAAUCAUAGUAUAAAUAGGUCUGUUGGUCAGCAAUAUGUUGCCAUGAUGACAACAGAUGUUGUGAUGUUGAAUACAGGAUUUAACAUUUCGUAAAGUUAAUAUUUUCAGAAAGGUAUUCAGAGUCUAUACUUGUUACCGGUAUGCAGAUGAGACAUUUUCCAGUUGAUGAUAUUUCUGGGUCCAGUAAUACACAACUGAUGCUGAAUUGUUCACCUAACCUGUUUAAAUUCAGUUAACCUACUGCCAUUUCUAUAUAUCUGAUGUAAAAUGUAGUUGUAAUAUUUAUAUUUAUAGUCUUCAUGACACAAGUGUGUAUAUUCUUUUUCUUUUCGUCAUGAUUGCAGUGGAAGACUUCUUGCCAUACAUGCAUUGUGGCAGGUCUAGUUUGAGUUGGCUUGAUUGUGUCAUUUAAAUAUGCAUUUGCAUGCUUGACUACAAAAGAGACAUGAAAACAACUGGACAGUAACCCAUUGCCCCAUCUUCUUUUAUGCAAGCAAUCAGUUUUUAGAAAUCCAUCUCUUUUUCUUUUUUUAAUGUCAAUUUACAUUUUGAAACAAACUCACUAUGUUCACUCAUCCCGUAAAAAAAAAAAAAAAUCAUCCCGCCUGAAAAUCUGUACUGUAACUGAAGGAUACGAGGAGCCAAGUUAGAUUUUAUUCUGCAAAUCUUUUAUGAACCAAACGUUACUUUGCUGGAGUGCCUUCCUGUGCACACAGUCAACCAGACUCAAACAAACAAGGCUCAGUGUUCAUAGGGCUCCUUUUUUAUAUUAGAAGCACAGCAGUGUUUUGCAGCAAUGAUUAUAAAAAAAAAAUACUUUAACCUUCAACACUAUAAUGACUGGUCUCUGUCAGUGAGGUUUGCAUUUGUUACAUUAUCAGAACACUGGUUCCAGAAACAUUAUGUGCAUUUAACCGAUCAAAUUUACAGAUUUCUAUAACCAACACAUACAAAACAUUAUCAAUUUAAAUCCAAUCAGCUAAACUUAAACUAAAUGUAGUACAAACGUAUUGUAAAUCCAGAAGGAGAGAUUUUUUGUUAAAUGUUCCCCAAACAAACAGUUUGUACUGUGAAGGGUCUAUUCUGAUACAUUUGCUUUACAGUUGUUUAUGCCUUAUUAACAAACUAAUCUAAGUACCUUGCACUGUGACUAAACAAAUGGUGUUAAAUCUUAGCAAACCUUUCUACUCUAUACAAGUCACUUUGUUAGGUAAGUAAAUAUUUUGAGUUUGCAUUGCCAGCAGUUGAAGCUGUUUCAUUCCCAGAGUAGCAUCUUGCCUUAGUGCUAGAAUCAAUUCUCAUCAUUUAUGAAGCUACCCUGUAAUCAUUUCUUUACAAUUAGAAAAAGUUUUGUUCUAAUCACAACUUUAAAUUCUGAUAAUUUGUAUUACCGUAUUGUAGAAAUGAGUAUAUUCAAAAUCUUUAGAUAAGCUUGUGAUUUGUUGGAUGCAAAGCUUGAAAGAAUUUAAACUCUGUUCUGCUAGAUUUGGGUCUGUUUUGAGGGUUCAGUAAUCCUAGUAACAUAUGGUACUGAAAUACAAGGCUAAAGUAAUGAUUAUUCCCUUGUAUGCUGGGGGAGCGACAUUGAAACUCUUGCACAUCAAAAACAAUGUUUUUCCCCUAGUCUGUGGGUGAUUUAUCAAUGAAUCAAAUUGCAUUUUGUCUGCACAUAUUUACAAGGGUCAUUGGCACAAACAUUAUAGUUUAUCAUUCACUUUAUCAACAAAAAGAGGUGUCAAAACUGAUUUUAGAACUAUGUCAGAACUGCUACAUCUAGCACUGAACGUUUAAAGCGCUAGUUUGCCCUAACUGUGGCUGGUGUGUUUUUUUGGUUUUUUUUGUCCAACUUGGCAGCUAUAGACGUUCCUAAAAAUUUUAGGAACUGAAUGAGUGACUGUUGUAUGUUAAGAUUUUCCAUGGCCAAAUAAUUGUUUUAAUCAUACUUUACUUUGUGAUGUGCUAUUCACCAAUUUUUGAAAAAUACUUUGACUUGCUGGCAUACUGUAUGACUUAAUUAAAUCUAAAAA